AUGAAUCCAUCGUCUGCUUCCCCCCCGUCAGCGGCUAUUGCGUUUUCUGUUACUCUUGUACACUUCUAUGAUCUUACACGAAUUCGGACAGCUUUGGUCAGACCUUGGCCAUCAGUAAUGCAUUUCGGAGCCGUGUUGCAACACAAGCCACUUGAUUACUCCUUGUUGUGCAAGCAGUAUCACCCCGCCUCGAUCGAACGGCGUUGGCCCCGAGGUCGCACUGAGAUUCUGUUGAACGAUAUCAAUCAGGAUAUCAGUGCAUGA